CACCACGAACAAUAUUUCCACGAAUAAGUCACGUAUUUUUAAGAGAUUUUUCGCGGUUGACGCGGCAUUACACAAGUGACGCGAAAAAAAAUGAAGCAGUGGUUCCAAAACGUACUACACCGAGGCCUAGAAGAGCAUUAUUCUAUGGUACUAAGAACUAUGAAAUUGUUAAAGAGUGUAGUGAAGAACGUAAAAUCAAAAGUUCUCUAAAUGUGACCGCGGACAGUAUCGUAUACGAUUUAGAAGAUGGCGUUGCAUCUAAUAGAAAAGCUAUUGCAAGAGAAAUGAUUUUUGAUGUUUUGGGGACAUCUUUGGUUAAUGAAAGAUCCGAGAAAGCUGUCCGAAUAAAUGCUGUUGGAUCAGGCAUGGAACUGGACGAUCUUAAUGUGAUGCUUCGUUCGAAGAAUCUUGAAGGCAUUGUUAUACCCAAAGUUAGAUCAGCGGAUGAUGUUAAAUUUGUUAGUCGAAUGAUAGAUUUAAUAGCUCCUGAUGAGAGUGCUUUGGCCGUUAUGAAUAUUAAACAAAUCGCAACAUCUGAUCCUAGACUUGAUGCACUAAUUUUUGCUGCUGAGGAUUAUUGUGCAGAUGUUGGAAUUAUAAGAACACGAUCUCGGAAGGAAAUGUUGCUAGCACGCCAGAUCAUAGUAACGGCUGCCAGUGCUUAUGAAUUGCAAGCGAUUGACCUGGUUUGCGUCGAUUUUAGGAAUGACGAUAUUUUGACAGAAGAAUGUCAAGAAGGUCGAGAGAUGGGCUAUGUUGGAAAACAAGCGAUUCAUCCGCGUCAAAUUGAUAUUAUACAAAAAAUGUUCUUACCUGACAUACAAGAUGUAGAAAGAGCUGCACGUAUUGUUUAUGGUUAUGAGCAGCAUUCUAAAAAAGGAAUUGGGGCGUUUGACUUAGAUGGCAAAAUGAUUGAUCUCCCGAUGGUCAAAUGGGCAGAGCGAAUACUUACAAGGGCCACAGCUGGCGGAAUAGCGAUUCCUGAGAUAAAGAAGGAUGAAAACAGCAUUGAAGCAUAA